GGAAUUCCAGGUUUUAGGGUUUUCGUUCCAGUUCCUCUUGAUCUCUGUUCGAUUUCGUUCCUGAUUCUUGGUGCCGCCUUGAUAAUUGGAACCCGAUUGGGAUCGAGAAAUUCGCUUCUUGUUGCUGUAAUUUCGCCUGGAAAGUGUUGGAAUCCGACAUCGUGCGGUAGAUCGGGCUCUUGUUUCUUUCAGUGAAGUUCGAUCGCUUGAACUCGACGUGGGACCUGGCUUUCGAGAUCAGUGCCCCCGAUCGUGAUGGUUAGAGAUGGAUUGGCAAGGGCAGAAGCUCGCGGAGCAGCUGAUGCAGAUACUGCUCGUGGCGUUUGCUGUGGUGGCGUUUGCGACUGGUUACACCAUCGGGUCUUUCCAGACGAUGAUCUUGAUAUACGCGGGCGGCGUCGUCUUGACCACGUUGGUCACCGUCCCGAACUGGCCCUUCUUCAAUCGCCAUCCGCUCAAGUGGUUGGACCCGAUCGAAGCUGAGAAGCACCCCAAACUGCAGCCUCAACAGCCCUCCUCGAGUUCAAAGAAGAAAUCUUCUAAGAAGUAGGCUUGUUCUAGGAGUUUCCUCAAAGUCUACAGCCUAGUGAUUGUUCUUUUGAGCGUUGGAUGAAUGGAUUUUCCGAGGAUAGAUGGCCGGGAUUGUCAGAAUUUAGACAAUAUCUGGAAUAUAAAUUUUUGGACUCAACAUUUUCUUUUUGCUUGCUUGCUGCUGCUAUUGCCAAUUUUACUGCUUCAUAAGAUGCUCUGUUCCUUGGUUGUUUCGAAA